AUGGGGAAGAUUGGUUGUACCAUAGAUGGCUACUUAGAUGACUCGAAAUUCAGUGAGCCAAUGCCAUGGAUUGGCAUCUAUGUAGCAGCAGCAUCUGCAGUUUGUGCAGUGGGGAUGGCAAUGGAUGCCCUUCAUGGACUGCGGCGUAGAAAAUUCUGGUUUCCUUGCAACUUCUUUUCUCUCAACGCUACAACCUUGACACUCCUAGCUGUUGCCACCAAGUUGUCUGUUGAUCUAAAUACCUCCAUGCCUCGCCGACAAGAUCAGCUGACAAAACUUAGCGGUGCUGCUUUACUCUGUACGGUAAUUGCUAAUUUUAUGCCUUCUUUAGGACUCAUGGAGAACAAAGAGUUGGUGAUGAACAUAAUGGCCUUGGGAAUUUUCGUCAUCACGGCCAUUGUGAACAUUGGCAUACAAUUAGCUACUGGUGUAAUCUAUGUUUUCUGCAAAGAACAUAUAGCCCUCAUGUUUCUUAUGCUUGUUUUGCUUCUGUUACUUAUAUCCUCAGCCGUGACAAUACCAACUACAAAGCAUUAUUUGGACCUGAAAUAUAACAAUAAGUACAAGUUAGCAAACAAAGAAUGCAACAUCAUGGAUACAUGCACCACUGAGAAACUCAAGGAUGAGCUGAUGAAAUUUUGGACCAUGGCUUAUACCUCUUGUCCCCACUUCGUUGGGGGGCGCUUAGCAACAUGCACUGCCUCUGGGGUUCUUUGUCUUGUGAGCACAGUAAUUUAUGCUGAAGCCAUGUGUAGGUCUUACUUUCUCCAUAAGAGCUUCAACUUUUGUAGUGGAGAUUCUGAAUACAAGUGGUCCACAACCUUGAUUCUUGUAACUCACACAGUGGCAAUAGGAGUUGGAACUAUUGCACCAGCUUUUAGGUGGUUCAUAGCCAUAAAUAUCCGCUGCCCCAAAAAAGCAAAUAAUGCCUGCAAACUGAAGUUGUUCAAAGUGGAGAACUAUUGGAUCCGGAUCCUGCUUCAGUGGAAAGAAUGCCCAUUGGAUUUCAGAUAUUGUGGCCGGCAUGGUAGAAAAUUUGCUCAUAAAACCAAGAACAAACUUCUUGAUUUCUGCAUUCUGAUGCAAAUUCUGAUGGUGUCACUUAGUAAGCUAGUCCGGCUCAUUUCCAUUUUUUUUGUAAGUCGGUCACUGAUUAUCUGUCGGAAAGCAAUCAAGAUGCCAAAAUGCAACAGUAUGGUGUCGAGUCUCGAAGAGUCAGGGUCCCAAGCCAGUUCAAGACCAGAUUUUAGCCGCUAUGCUUUGCACCUUGAAGGAGAGGAAGCAUUAAUUGAUUUGAUGAUGCAAAGCAACCGUGAUGUGGUAGGUCAUUGGAUCGGGAUGGGAAAAAAGAAGCAGCCUAAACAUCUUCUACGAAUUCUGGAGAAACUGAAAUCAUCACCUGGAUUCAGAGGAGUGCAUGAAUUUGACAGUGCUCAAAUUCCUUCUCUAAACUCAGAAGAUCCUCCUAAUUGCUGGGCUCUCCCUGUAGUAACACUAACAAGCAUAGCAAUUUCACUUCCAAACGUCGACUUUCAUUCAAUCAAGGAACUAAUCAGGUGUGUGCAUGAAGGUCUCAUGUACAUCAAAGUAGUGGAAGAUAACCUGGAUGCAAAAAAUGACCUAGUAAACAUCAGGAGGGCAGCAGAACUAGUGUGGUUAGAAAUUGAUCUAUGUUACAAGUGGCUGGAUGUGGAUCUCCGCAAGACAGCCUCUGAAGGACAAAUUCCAAAAGGAGUGCUUGAAGGUCUCUCCGAGAAAGCAAAGCAGAGAUUCAUCGAAUCCAGGAAGAAACAUUCGACUGUUUGUCCAAAAGAAUCACCUUCAAAAUGGCCUAUCAAUAUGUUGGUGGCCAACAGUAUGUACAGAAUCUGUCAAACUCUUUUGGUAAAUUGUGAUUGCAUAGAGUUUGAGAACAGCAAAAUCAUGUUUGACAAAUUGUCAACCAUGAUCACGGACAUUACAGGUGCUUGUCUUACCAACCUACAAAGAGUUAUAUCCAUGCAAUGCCACCAUGGCACCAUUCAGGAGAGAGCAAAAGGUGUCCGUUCUGCCAUCUUACUUCUAGGAAAAGCGGAGAAUAUUCUGGAAAUUCUUCGUUCGCAGCCACUUCCAAGUUCAGCACCAGAUCAAUUGGCAAAUAUUGAUAAUUGGUGUACACUUAGAAAAGAGGGAGACUAUCUCUCCUGCAGUAGUAGUUCAACCUCAAAUUGCACUCCAACUUCCCAAAGUUCUUCUGACUUGUGUCUAACAGUGGACUGA